AUGUCGCUCACUCUGCACACCUCCCGCGGUGACGUCAAGCUCGAGCUCUUCUGCGAGGCCGUCCCCAAGACAGCCGAGAACUUCCUCGCCCUGUGCGCCUCGGGCUUCUACACGGCCAGCCCUUUCCACCGCCUGAUCCCCAGCUUCAUCAUCCAGGCCGGCAGUCCCGCCUCGGACCCCAAGUCCAAGACGUCGACAUCCAUCUACGACACCCCGAAUGGCCUGUUCGAAGACGAGAUCCGCCCAGCGCUGCGACACAAUGCCCGCGGCAUAGUCAGCAUGGCCAACAAAGGCCCAAACUCAAACGGCAGCCAGUUCUUCAUUACUUUCGCCCCCGCCCCGCAUCUCGACGGGAAGAACACCGUGUUUGGCAAGGUCAUUGAGGGGAUAGAGGUCUUGGACGACCUGGAGAGCAUUGCCGUGGACAAGAAGUCGCGUCCGCUCGAGAGGGUUGAGAUCAAGAGCGUCACUGUGCAUGCCAACCCUCUAGCGGGAUGA